AUGGACUUGCCACUGCUGCAAGUAUCCUUCCUCGUGCUUCUCGAUAGUGAUCAAUGGCGGACGCGUGGAGAAUCUGCUGAAGAAACUCGCAUACGCCAGCAUAACCAUCGGAACUUUCUUCUUCCUCAUCAGCUACCUUGGAAUCCCAGGAUCCUGCAUCUGUCUAGAAACCCCAAUCACAAAACCCCACCAGAAAUUCCCUUACUCCACCUGCGAUUUCUGCCCCUGCCGCCCUUACCUCCAUCCAACGAAGAAGAACCUCCGUUGUGGUCAUCCACGCUCUGGAUCUCCAAACUAAAUUCUUUCACCAAAUUCUUCUCUGACCUUCAAUGCCCCGGCCUCUUACUUAACCACCCAUGCAUCCUCUAUCUCUCCAAGUAA